AUGAGAGACAGAGAUCUUUCUUCUUAUCGCAGGAGGUACGAGACAAGGUACUUGUGGCAAGACUUGUUGGAUGAUGACCUCAUUACUCCUAUCCCUGAUCAUGAAUACGUCCUCAGGAUCUCAGAUCCAGCCUCCCCUUUUGAAACUGUUAUGUUUGGUCCAAGGAAAGCUUCCAUAUUGAACGAGGAGAUUCCUGUUCAAGUGUAUGAUACAGAAGGCAAACAGCUACAGCAGAAGCACCCAUUGCUACCAAAAGAACUUCAACUUGAAAGAUUUCCAUAUUUCAAACCAAAUUCUCCAGACAAGCUAUCAUCAGAAAUGAGUUCCGAUAGGUCCACAUUAGCAGAUGGAAGUGAAUCUGGUGAAGUUGAAGCAGACAAACUUGAGAAUCACUCGCUAUAUUUUUCUCUGUAUCAACCCAAUUCGAUGAACAUGAGCAAGCAUCAAAGAAACGAAACUGACAAAACUGAUACGUCAGAGACACUAUUUUAUAUAUCACUAUCAUCAUCAUCUUCUUCUUCUUCUUCAUUAUCUCCCUUGAAAGGAAGCAAGAGAUUUUCAACUGGAGCUUCUAAUUUGUUUCGCAACUUGAUCACGUGUGGAUGA